UUUUAUCUGGUAGCAUGAUGCUAUCAUCCAACCCCCACCUUCCUCAUCUUUCUCCUUCUGCACGUAGCCUGGUGGAUUUCACUUCUCAUUUCUCACACACACACACACACACACCCCUCCUCCCGGAUCUGCCCUCCCAUCCAGGAGUCUCCAUCCACCGCUGCUCACUGCAUCGCCAGGAUUCACCAACAAGCUUUCAGUGCAACAUUUACUACUAGAUUUAUUUAUUUUUCUGUUCGUUCAACAUCAUGUUUGACUGCGUGUGAUUUUUACUUGUUUUAUUUUUGGGGGGAGAAUUUCGCUCCCCACGAUGCCAAAUCCAGGGACAACCCGGCUGUAACAAGGCGUUGCAAUAAAACGGUUUAACUACAGACAGGAUUGGACCGGAAUCAGAGGCUUAACUUUGGCGUCGUCAUGGCCGUUAACAUGAAUCCAUCUCCUGCCGUUUGGCCGGGGGAAGAACAGCCAUCGCUCAUGGAUCACGACGACCCGGUUUCCAGUCAGGCAGCCGUCAUCCCCAUGCCGUGCGGCUCGCCGGGGGGCGAAGAGCUCCUGCACAGCUGCGGCAGCCCGACCGACACCAGGCCGCCCCGCAGCAAGUCCAAAGGAGAACUGGUGAUCGUCAUCAACGAGAAACUGAAGAACGGUAACGGGAUCCACCCCGGCCCCACAGAGAGCACCUCUCCAGUGAUUUCCUCCCCUCCCAGAAGGCAGCACUCCAUCUCCUACCCUCACCACGCCAAAACCAGGAAGGGCAGCCGGGCGGGCUCCAUCGGCUACACCGCCUUCUCGCCCCGGCCGUCGCUGUCCCGGCACUCCAGCAUCGCCACUAACCCUCCACUGGACCGAACCAAGGUCAAAGACUACCUCCUGCUGUCCGUGCUGGCCUGCUUCUGCCCCGUCUGGCCCAUCAACAUCGUCGGCUUCGUCUACUCCAUCAUGUCGAAGAACAGCCUGGAGCAGGGGAACCUGGACGGCGCCGUGCGUCUGGGUCGCGUGGCCAAGAUGCUCUCCGUUGUGUCUCUAGUAGGAGGGACGGUCAUUAUCAUCGCCUGCAUUGUCAACCUGGCCAUAAAUGUGAAAACUUGAGUUUCAUCCCAGAAUGAAACCGGAUAAGGGAAAUGAACGUCUGGCCAUCACCUGCACCACCGCCUAGUCAUUACCCGGAUGUGUGACCAACUCCUGAUUCACAGCGCUUUACUUAGAUUCCUGUAAUCUCUAUACAGCCCCCGUAAUUGUUGUGGAAGAAAUGAGAAUAAUCCGAAAUGCUGCUGCUUUCCGUGUCGAGUCGGAGGACAGAAAAGUAUUUUUAAGCUCUACCUGCAACUGAUAACAGGGAAGUGUUUACUGGCUCUACAGCAUCAAUCGCGACAAAAUGGCUGCCAAGUCGGCCCUCCUCUGCACCAGUUUGCCUGCUAAAUCCCCUCAAACGCGGAAGAAGCUGCAGGAUUUACAAUGCAGUGGAAGAAACACUUUGAACCACACUGCGCCCUUUUUGUUCCAGACUGUCCUCUGUGACUUUCAGCACUUCAAAACGCCCCACAUCUUGUGUUUGAGCCCCAGCAUUUUCAGUGGUUAAAGCGGAUGAAAGAGAGAAGGGAAGGGUUUAACUCGGACUAGGAUUAUGGAAAAUCUCGCACAGAAGGCACGCUGCAAGGAAAAUACGUGCCAAAUAAAAAAGAAAUUCAGUGGGGAAUCUGCUUGCUUUCUCUCCUGACAGGAACAUGAAAUGUGUUUUUACUCUACACCACUGUGAGCUGGGAGCGAAACACUGCUGUAGCAAAAUCCAGUCCGGUUGGUUAAAGUGCAUCGUCCAUCAACUCACCUUUUUAUAAAGUUUGUAAACAAUCCUUUUCAGACAGAAUCGUGAACCCGUUAAUGAACUCUGAACUGUGUUUUAGGAGCUGCAAAUGUCCGUUAAGUUUAUCAAUAUUCUGCUAAUGUAAAAAAAAA